AUGUAUCACGUGGUGGAGUUCAUGGACACUUGUGAGGUUGAGGUGGUGCCAGCCAACUGGCUCAGCGGGAACAAGUGUUUCUGGCCUCCAAAAUCAUAUGAACAUGCCAUGACCAAGCUUCCAGAUGCCACUGAAAUGUCAGAUCUUCAGACUGAAGAGGAGGAUGCAAGCUGCAAAAGAAUCGACACUGAUGAAGAAGCUCCUGCAUGUAGUCCAGCAGCCCGCAAGAAGUCCUGCACACAGCUUGUGAAUGCUCCACAGAUCACAGCCCCUGAAGCCAUAUUUGGAGAAAAUUUGGCAUCUUCCUCAGCAGUCACCACGCAUUGGUCCCCUGAAGCUCCUACAUGUUCUCCACCAGCCCGCAAGAAGCCCCGCACACAGCUUGUGAAUGCUCCCCACAUCAAAGCCCCUGAAGCCCUAUUAGGAGAAAAUUUGCCAUCUUCCUCUAUCACCACACCUUGGUCCUCUGUGGUCCCCACACCACCUUGGAAUCCGCCUCGGAGGCCCUCAGAUUCCACUGCAGACCUUCAUUUGGAUCACUCCAUGACACCAGAACAUGGCCGGGUUUCUGUAGAGGCUGUGCCUACGUCCCUUCUGAGGGAGAUUCUUAUCCAGUUGACUACUAUCCGGGAGCAACAAAUGUUCAUUUUGGUUGAACUCCAGUCACACUCCACUGGUCGUCCAAUUUCUGAAGCUCUGCCUGAUGCGUCACACUGUCGACUGCCACUUUCUUUCCAGGAAGACCUUCAGAAUCUGGAGGUCCUCUUGAAGAACCCCGAAGAGAAAAGAAAUUUGACAGUACAUCUGGGAAUUGUGGGGGGAUUGACUGUGAAGGAGACUGUUUGGCGCAUAAUGAAGAGGACAGUAACCACAUCUCUGGCGAAAGGACUGAGCUGGAGUGGCGUGAAUGGCAAGCCAGCAUUCAAAAACUUGGCUUUGAAGCUUGUUCUGGAUGCUGUCAGAAGAAAUGUGUUGACAAGAUGCUUCAGACAAACAAAUUGAACAGUUGAUCACCCGCUGGCUCCAGCUAGCAGCGGACAGAGAUGGAGGAAGGAGUCAAAGGGGUCGUCAGGCUUCCUAAAGGCAUCGUGUUUGUUACACAUUUUUAGUGCGUGUGGUGGUUUGUGUGCGUGUGAUUUUUAGUUUAUUCACAUGAAUGGAAAUGUUUUUUGAAGUUUCAAUUUGAUAUCUUUUAGUUUGAAAUUUUACCCUAUUAACCUGUAUCUCCCAAUGGCAAAAUGCAUUCGAAAUCUGUCACGACCUCCCUUUUGGUUUUUCCUUUUUUUUUUUGCAACACAGAGUAACAUGGUGGCAAUCUGACCGCCAAUCUGUCGAUAUACACACACUGAAAGGGCAUACA